UUAAAUCUGUUACUGAGGGGUGCAUGCCUACAAAGCUGCAUAUAUUACGGUUGCAGAUGUAUAAGCUCAUCUGUAUAUUAGUUUUCCCGUGAUUGUGUAUUUUAGAAAAAGAAAUAAACUGCCGCAAGUGAUGAGCAAUCCUGCUGCGGUAGCAGUGCCUGUACAAGAUGCAGGAGAUGGCAGGUGGAUGAGUAUGGUAAGUAAUUUAUUAACUUUAGAUAUACUUACCAUACUUACCUUCGUUUCAGAGGCUCUUAAAGAACAACGAGGUGAAAAACGGCGAGGCAAAAUAAUAAUUAUGAUAAUUAAUAAUAGAUGAUUCCAGCUAUGGAUUAAAUUUUGAUCUAAAAAUGAUCUUUUACAACAUUUCGCAACCAAACUUUGCAAUUUUACUCAUUUUAACAUGCUCUUUCUAGCUGUGGUGAUGGAUUUUGUUCUUCUUGUCUAGAUCGAAAUUUAGUCUAUAGCUGCAUUAAAGGCCAAAAAUAAAAUAUGUGGGUUUCCGGUUUCUUCUUAUAAAAACUUAGGUAGGGUAGGUCGGUUUUAACUUUUUUUUUUAAACUUUUUUUCAAAUUUUCCUAACAAUCGGACGCCAUUUUGUUUAGUCAGUGCUUCCACAUCCGAAGAUAAAUUUCCCUAAUAUUGCCUCAAAUUUCAAUUUUCCACAAACUUUUCCCUCUAAGUGGAAACACUUACAAGCAUGAUCCAAUAAAAAAGUUUAGGGUCGGGAUUUCGACGUCCAAAAGCUAGGUAGGGUCGGGAAACCGGAAACCCACAUAUUUUUUUUGGUCCAAUCAUCUAUGUAUAGUAAUAUUAUUAUAGUCAUGUUAAUUUUACACAUCCAUAUAGAGGCUAUAAUAUUGAUUGUUUAUACUUGCCUUCUUUUCAUUAGCAUAACAGAUUUAUAAGAGAAGCCAAGAAUAUGUCUUCAAAAUGUGAAUUGUUAUUUAUUGGUGACUCCAUGAUCCAUCAGUUGUUGGAAAAACAGGUGCUCCUUAAAGGCCGUUUUCCACUAGGCGAAUUUUUUCGCGCGACGCGAAGCGAAAACCGAAAUCCGGCAACGUGAUUGGUCGGCGAAAAAAUUCGCGGCGAAAAAGUAGGAUCGCUUCCUACUUUUUAUCUGUUCGCGCGAACAAAUUCGCCUAGUGGAAAACGGGCUUUAGUCUUGCAUUUUUCCUGGAGUGAGCAUGCGUUCCUACAGUUCCUGGAGUGAGCAUGCGUUCCUACAGUUCCUGGAGUGGGCAUGCUGCGUUCCUACAGUUGCAUACAGGUUUAUAAAUUCAUGCCUCGCUGUUUAUGCGUUAGGGAUAUGCAGUGGUCAUGGUAAGGGUUAGAGUCAACAUUCAUGAACAAUAAGGACAUGAAUCAGACUAUAAUUAAGGUCGACUGUACAUCCAAAUUGCGCGUUCUGCGUCUGGAUAAAAUUGCAGUCGAAUCAUAACAUGUAGCUCAGAGUGGAAUAAUUAAAUGCAAUUACAAUAUGCAUAUCAAAGAAUUGAACUGUUCAAUCGUCCAGUUGUAUUUCACAUUAUUAUUAGCAUGACAAAAUUACUGCAUGCUGAUUGGUUGAGAGGAGUACAAUUAUUUCAUUAAUUGUACUGCAGUACAAUAAUUAAUGAUUUUCCCAAAACAAACAAAGUGGCGGAAAGGUAUUUGAACACAAAUGUGAAAUGAAAUUGCCCUUGAGGAACUAAAUGAAAAUACGGACAAAAUUACCAAAUUUUGGUUGAAAUUCUGGCAGGACUGGGCUUUGGCGAGAGAAUAUGAUCUUGACGGAGAAGUAUUCAAUUUUGUCAUAUGCUAAUAAUAAACACGGCGGCUCGUCCAAUUUUGGCAAAAUUUCCAAACAUCACGAGUACUAUUAAUCUCUAAUUGUACGAGCAACAUCGCAUGAUUACCUAUACUAAUCAGAAUAUUUGUACUCGCAUAUUUUUUCGUCUGCGUUAAGCAAAAUAAAGAAAGAUGCACUUAAGGUAGUAUAUUCAGGGCCAGCCAAUUACGCCGUUAAAUAACGCGACAAGUUGGAGUUUUAACAGAAGCGUACAGGUUUAUCGGUAAAAUACAUAAAGGGACAUGCCCUCACCCGCGACCCCCCAAAGAUGCAGUGCUUCCCCAAUUUUAUGUUCCUCCACACGGCCCUGUGUUUGUAAAUUCAACGGUUGAUUUUAAUUUAAUAACUAGUGCAUUAAGGCUUUUCAGUCAAAACAUGAAAUGCGUCAUCUGUGCGGAAACUAAUUGUUCUUUGAGCAUAUUUUUGCAUAUUGAAAUCAUUAUUGAACAUUUGAAUACUCUCUCACUGACUUCGAAAAACAGUAGGUAACACUGUAACUAAUGUCAAUAUAUCCGUUUGAUAGAUUUGGGACCAACUGUUCGAGCCUUUGGGCUCACUUAAUUUUGGUAUUGGUGGCGACAGCACACAACACGUUCUGUGGAGAAUUCAAAAUGGUGAACUGGAACACAUUACUCCAAAAGUAAGAACAAUUCUUAACACGUUAUCUUUUUCAUGUUGAGGUAAUUGUGAAUUUUUAGAUUCUUACCCCAACGUGUGAAUGAAGAACUUUUCUAUGACUCCAGAACAAUUUUAAUUAAGCCACUUUAAUUUGCCAAAAAUUAACUUUAUCUUUGAAAAGUCGGUACUAGUUAGAAAAAAAAUAAAAUAUUAAAUAAUUAAUAAAAACUAAAGUAAGAAAUUUAGCUUCGAUAACAAUUAAGAAGAUGCAAAACAAAGAUGAUAAACAUGGAAAUAUAGUAAAUAACUUACAAGAUAACUUAAUUAUUAAAACUGAAAUAGGUGACAGUUUACAUGCAUCAUUUCACAAACACCAACUAUCAAUUUUCUACAAUACAAAGAACUACACCAUUAUCUCUCCAUCUAACGAAAGAUACGCUGAUAAUAUAAAAAAAUUUGUUCUAACACUUUGCUUCUAUUCCUACCAUUACCAAACCCAUAUUUAAUCAGAAACUGGUCUAUCUCUGUGGAUUGCGAAUCAGGUUUUCUUGAAGAGAUAUUUGAAUCAUUGUAGUCAAUGGGGAAAUUCAACAAUGAAAAAGGACUCAGUCUGUUGUUUUACAAUUGAUGCCAUAUCUAUUUACAAACAAACCGUAUGGGAUCCAAACGUGGACCAAUAUGCUGGAUUCAUCAUCGAUAGAGCAGUAAAUCCUGCAGAUCCCGAUACUCUGGCAUCAGAAACACUUACUAGUAUUCCAUCUUGUUAG